AUGCCGACCUUUUCGUCGACGCUGCAGCUAUUGUGGUGUGCGGCGAGCUCGCUGCAGUAUGGCUUCCACAUCUCCGCGCUCAACUCGUCGCAGGACUCGAUCCGCUGCGCCGACCACCGCCCUUGGCUCGGUUUGUGGGGCAUGCCGGCGUGCGUCGACAUGACCCAGUCCGCGUUCGGUCUCGUGACCGCGUCAUAUACGUUGGGGGGUCUCAUCUCGAGUCUCAACGCGAGUCGACUGGUUGAUGGCCUCGGAAGGAGGAAGACGGCGGUCGUGGCGGCAUGGUUGAUUGUCGCGGUCAGUCGGUGUGGGCUGCCACGCUGCAUCGCGCUCCCGAUUCUAGUCCUCCGGCGGGUGAGGCAAAGCUGACCUGCCUAUCUUUCGAAAUCAGGGUGGAUCGCUGAUGGCGAUCGGAAGCAGUGUCACCGUGCUCGUAUUCGGCCGAAUGAUUAUUGGCCUGUGUGAGCCCCUGUCAGCAUGAUGCCGUGGGUGCGGUCCAAAACGAGGGCGCUGAUAGGGAAUGGGCCCGUGAAUCUACAUGGUGCAGCUUGCGGUAUCUCCACCGUUUUGGUGCCUUUGUACAUUUCUGAAAUCGCGCCAAAUCGCGGUGGAACAGGUUCGCGUCUCUCCACAUGGGGCUCGGAGGUUCGAAUUCGGUCUUUUUGAAGGCAGGCCGCGUCGCUUACCAGCGGUUUCAUCGAAUUCACCCCCCCUUUACUUCUUACAGGUAUUCUGACGCAACUCAGUAUCUGUGGCGGUAUCUUCCUCGCCCAGGCCAUCUCGAGUGGGUUAAAUUACGGCAUAAUUGCGCUUCCCCUUACCCAAGAGUGACAACCGGCCCUGACGAUCGAUCCCCUUGCUUUCCCUUCACACCAUCAGUUCCUCUCUCGGAGCCUAGGACCGGUAAAUGGCGUCUGAUUGGUCUGGCCUCGGUGGCGAUUGCAGCAGCACAGGUAGGAGCAACGGACGAACUCGAUGUGGGGGAGGGGAAGGUCCAAAUUGACAGGUCGAAACGGCUACCAGAUCGCCACAUCGUCCAUGAUGGUCGAAACAGCCCCGAAUCGUCAAACCCCGGUCUAUGAUAUAGUCGACGACCAGGAAAGAGAGCCACUUUCUACGGAAGAAUCGUCCAGAGGUCGGUGUGGUCUGCUCGGCUUGAAACGAGUCGCCGCAGCCGAAGCACGCCGAAAGCUGACGGCGCCGUCACCUCUGGAAGCACAGGUGGUCCAACGAGCACCGGGCACAACUCGGGAGACGAAUCAUUGACGCUCGUCGAAGUCUAUCGAAGCAAGGAUGCCGCUAUCAAGAGCUCUUUCUGGACCCUAGUCCUGUCCCAGUUUUUCCAACAGACCAGGUUCGCUCGUGCUUGGGGAGCAACCGAUGGCUUCACCUUGUCUCUGAGCGUUGACCAACUUGACUUCUUGCUUUCAAACUCACAGCGGGAUCAAUGCUGUGAUGUACUAUAGCGUUGGGUGUGUUUCUUCCCUUUCCUCGACCUGGCUCGGGUUGCCCAAAGCACCGGCGUGCAGAGGAUAGCUGACCUCGUGCGUGAUCCUUGGUCGCUCGCAGAAUCCUCACCGCCGUCAGCCCCAUCAACGCCAAGGGCGUAGCACUGUUCGUUACUAUAGGUACGAGCAACUCGAGACGCUUGCUCUUGCUUGAAUCAUGCUGAAAGCCUUGUCGACGAUCUGUGCUCGCAGUCAACUUCGCCAUGACCUUGCCAGCGGGUGAGUUGGCUCCCUAUCGUGCCACUCAGUGACAAUUUUAGAUGACGAAGCAUAAUUGCACAAACAUAUAGUGUACCUGAUCGAUGUAAGCCUGCGGAAAGAUCUUCCUCCGCCAACCUUGGGCUUGUCAGCUGACCCACGAUUGGUACACUAGCGCCUCGGACGAAGGGCAUUACUUCUGAUCUCGCUCAGCAGCAUGGCGGUUUCCACUGCGGUAUUGGCGUUUGCCAUCAAUCAUUCCUUGUUUGGGCUGGCGUCCUUGUGCAUCGUCCUGUUUGUCGCCACCUUUUCGAUCGGGCUAGGUCCCAUUCCUUUCGUCCUCAUGGGCGAACUGCCCCCGCCAGAGGUGAGGGGCCAUCCUCAGCUCGAAUUGUGUUUUCAUAGGCACCGAGCGCUUACCAAGCUCCCCAUCUAUUGAAACCGAAUAGGCACGAUCCGCAACGGCAAGCGCUGCACUUGUAUGUAACCCUUUUUCUCUAGCAACACCCACGGCACACUUCCGGCUUGUCGCUGACGACUUUGCGCAUGCGACCGCCAGGGGACAAAUUGGGGCCUUAACUUCAUUAUCGUGAGCUGUACAAAGCCUGUGCUCUCCUUUGCAGGAGCUCGCUGUAAGGUGCUCACUUUGAAUUCUGUCCACUGCGCACAGGGACUUACUUUCCUGCCCCUGAGAGACUUCCUAUCUGGCGAGCGGACUUCCGGUUCGGGCACGAUUUUCUACUUGUCAGUGCUGCAUCAGCGGGCUGGCUGAUCUGCGGCAGGAUCGUUUUGCUGACCUUGUUUGUCGUGCUAGUUUUGCCGUCAUCUCGGCUGUCGGGUAUCUCGUCAUGGCCCGACGCUUGAGGGCCACGACUGCAUCGACAGCGACCGCGGUGUGA